GCUCCAACCACCAACCACCAACCGCCCCCUCCACCUGUCGGCAUUCGCCCAAGUUUCUAUUCUCAGAUUCGCGCAAAGUUUUCCCUAGUCUAGUCGGUAGUUUGUCCUGCCCCUGCACUAUCCUUGGAUCCCCUUCCACUCGUUCCAACUUUCCCGUAAACUGUAGGCAUUUUGGCGCCGGUGCACCCGUGUUCCCCCCAACUGCGGCUGUGGGGGAGAAUCGUGGUGGCUGUCCGAUAUAAAGACGCUGGCCAUCCCCCUCCAUAUCAGCCUUCAUCUAUCACGCACCAUCCUCCUCCCUUUCUCCCACAUCCACUGUUCUAUUUCAGGAUCGAACCACGAGCCAUAUUCUUUCUAUUUUAAUUCACCAACUUCUUCAUCCACCUUCUCUCUCCCACACUAUCCACAAUGAAGUUCCUUGCCUCUCUUGCCCUGUUGGCGUCUACUGUGGCUGCUGGCCCGGUGCUGUACCCCCGCCAGUCCAGCAACUCCACCCAAUCCUUCUACCUCAAGACCUCGGGCGCUACCAAUGACGACCACAACAACCUCUACGUUUAUGCCUACCACACCGGUGCGGGAUUUAAUGAUGCCGUGCUGACCUCGGACGUCGGAACGGCCAGCCCGGCCUUCCUGAACGGCACCCACACCCAGUUCGACCUGGGCACUUCUUUCCCUUGGGGAUUCAAGAUGGGCGUCCAGAACAACUAUGCAGCAUGGGAGUCUGUUCAGAUCAAUGUUGGAUACGGCGAUGAUGACUUCUCCAUUGGUUCUGCCGGCCUGGAGUGGUCGGCACAGGAUGGCUUCGGAGGCUGGCUAGGUGAGUGACUCUGAACUUAUAACCAUACAAACUGUCAGAACGUGCCACUAACUGCAGCCAUGUAGUGUGCGACUGGUACCACAACGCACCCCAGCUCUUCUACAUCUACCGCUAUGAGGAGCCCACUAUUCCGUCCUCCUGCAGCACUGUCGACCUGACGCCCGAAUACACUUCCUAAAGACACGACGUCUAGACCUCGCCACAGUGCCUUAACAGGGGCUCUAUGACGAGGGUGGCGUGACUGAUGAAUCAUGAGACCGAAGGAUCUGGGAGGAUAUGCGCCUCUCCCAGCCUGAAAGAGAAUGCACACUGUAACAAUACGCCUGUUAAAUGAUCGACCCUUACUAAUGUUAAUAUACUUAAUGAUGAGUGAGAAUGAGUUUUGAUGAUUGGGGAGGAAGGUGAUCUAUCUAUACGCGAAGCGUGGCAUGUUGCAUAGUCAGGAAUAUCUGGUUUAGAUAAUCUCACGUAAAUACAUGCAUUUAUACUAU